UUUUUUUUCACCCGGAAACCGCGGCGGCCGGAGCCAGAGCUGAGGCGGCGGCGGGAGCCCAGUCGGCGUCUGGUGCCUGCUUCGGCCCCGCGGAGCCGGACGCUGCCCCCGGCGCGGCGGGGAGGAUGGUGCCGAGCGGCCCCGGGCCCGCUGCGCGCUGCCAGGAGUGAGCCCAGCGCGUCCGCGGGCGUCCGCCGAGCAGCUGGCCCCGCCGGGCCCGGGGCGCGCCGCUGCCCGCCGAGGCGGGGUGGAGCUGAUCAGAAUAAUGUUUAGCAUCAACCCCCUGGAGAACCUGAAGGUUUACAUCAGCAGUCGGCCGCCUCUGGUGGUCUUCAUGAUCAGCGUGAGCGCCAUGGCCAUAGCUUUCCUGACUCUGGGCUAUUUCUUCAAAAUCAAGGAGAUUAAAUCACCGGAAAUGACGGAGGACUGGAAUACUUUUCUGCUACGGUUCAAUGAUUUGGACUUGUGUGUAUCAGAGAACGAAACGCUGAAGCAUCUCACAAAUGACACCACAACUCCGGAAAGCACCAUGACCAGCGGGCAGGCCCGAGCUUCCACGCAGUCCCCCCAGGCCCUGGAGGACUCAGGCCCGGUGAACAUCUCAGUCGCAAUCACCCUCACCUUGGACCCGCUGAAACCAUUCGGAGGGUAUUCCCGGAACGUCACCCAUCUGUACUCAACGAUCUUAGGGCAUCAGAUUGGACUUUCAGGCCGGGAAGCCCACGAGGAGAUAAACAUCACUUUCACCCUUCCUACAGCGUGGAGCUCUGAUGACUGCGCCCUCCACGGUCACUGUGAGCAGGUGGUGUUCACAACCUGCAUGACCCUCACGGCCAGCCCUGGGGUGUUCCCCGUCACUGUACAGCCACCGCACUGUGUUCCCGACACGUACAGCAAUGCCACGCUCUGGUACAAGAUCUUCACAACUGCCAGAGAUGCCAACACAAAAUACGCUCAAGAUUACAAUCCUUUCUGGUGUUAUAAGGGGGCCAUUGGAAAAGUCUAUCAUGCUUUAAAUCCCAAGCUUACAGUGAUUGUUCCAGAUGAUGACCGUUCAUUAAUAAAUCUGCAUCUCAUGCACACCAGUUACUUCCUCUUUGUGAUGGUGAUAACGAUGUUUUGCUAUGCUGUUAUCAAGGGCAGACCCAGCAAAUUGCGUCAGAGCAAUCCUGAAUUUUGUCCUGAGAAGGUGGCUUUGGCUGAAGCCUAAUCCCACAGUUCCUGUUUUCUGAGAGAGACUGAGAGAACCAUAAUCCUUCCCUGCUGAACCCAGCCUGGGCCUGGACGCUCUGUGAAUACAUUAUCUUGCGAUGUUGGGUUAUUCCAGCCAAAGACAUUUCAAGUGCCUGUAACUGAUUUGUACAUAUUUAUAAAAAUCUAUUCAGAAAUUGGUCCAAUGAUGCACGUGCUUUGCACUGGGUGCAGCCAGAGCCCUUCAUCCCUGCCCUGGACUUGAGACCUGGUGAUUGUGUCCACACAUCUCCAGAGAAGGAUUCCUGGGUCUAGCUGUGUGGGAGCCGGUCAUGACGUUUUCACCAAGGUCACAGGCGUGUUGUGUCGCUUGUGGGGUUGAAGUUUGGUUUGGUUCUUGUUUCAGCCGGUUAUGUAGAGAACGUUUGAAACAGUCUGCACCUUUGAUAUGAUACUGCAUUUCCAAAGCCACCAAUCCAUUUUGUGGAUUUUAUGUGUCUGUGGCUUAAUAAUCAUAGUAACAACAAUAAUACCUUUUUCUCCAUUUUGCUUGCAAGGAAACAUACCUAAUUUUUUUUUUUUUUUUUUUUUUUUCUUUUCAAAGAAAAUAUAAAAUAGUCACAUUUUAAUAUUACGCUAGUUAGGACAGACUCGUGCUUUUAUCCUGAGUAGAAACUUUAAGUCACGUACAUUGUAAAGAUCUAAGAUUCAUUUUCCACAUGGAUGACAAGGAACCUGGUUUUGUUGGUGUUGACACAGAAGGUUCUACUGUCUUUUCGUCCACUCUUGCCCCUCCCUUCUGUUACCAGAAUUAAUACAGCCUCUUCACUCACAAGGGCUUCAGAAUGUAAGUGGCUUUCGUGUUAGAGUGACCAUUCACUGUUCUGCUUUCUGGAAUGCAGGUGACAGUAUGCAAAGAGAGAAUGAUGAUUCGGUCUAAUAGUAAAGGGUUUUUUUCUUUUUCUUUUUUUUUUAAAGAGUGGGUGGAUUUUCUCCUUUUUGUUUUGCUUUUAUUUUAAUGCAACUAACAUCUUAAGAGGGAAAGCAGCCAGUAGAUUAGUCACAUGAAAACGAUGCCUCUGAAAUUUGAAGGAAUGUAGUUCUGAUUUGCCAUUCAUCAGAGAAGACCAAAAGCAUUUUUCUUAUAACUUUUUUUCCUGUUUUUGUUUUGUUUUGUUUUUUGAGGCAGGGUCUUGCUCUGUCCGCCGGGCUGGGGUGCAGUGGUGCAGUCAGGCUCACGGCAGCCUCCAAACUCCAGGGCUCAAGCAGUCCUCCCACUUUAGCCUCCUGAGGAGCUGGGACUACAGGCGUGUGCCAUCAUGCCUGGCUGACAUUUAAAUUUUUUGUAGAGACAGGGUCUCACUCUGUUGCCCAGGCUUAUCUGGAACUUCUGGCUUCAAGUGAUCCUCUCACCUCAACCUCGCAAAAUCCUGGGAUUCCAGGCAUCAGCCACUGAGCACAGCCCUCUUAAAACAUUUUGUCUCGUUGUCUGGUUCCUCUUGAGUCUUUUUCCUUCUAAUCCUGAUUCAUUCAAGCAGAAUUGUGCGUGAUCUCUUUCAGUCCUUUCUUGUUGGUUGCAUUCUUGCCAUUUUUUUCUUUACUAUUUGCCUUAAUAGCGCAUUGUCAUUGAUGACUUCUUUGUUCUCCCAGGCAGUGUUAGAGCAGAAGGGCGAUGAAAACCAUCGGUGCUUCUUUCCCGGACUCUAGCUUUGUAGUCUGUUCUCAGUCAGGAUUAGUUCCUGCAGCCUGACCUGGAACCUUUUACCCCAGGCAUUUUUGAAUGAAAAACAGUUGCGGGCUUUUAUUGAAGAUUGUUAGAAUCAUCACUGUAGUAACUUGAUAUGUUAGGAUUCCUUUUUUUCCUUUUAGGAUGUUUCAAGCACAGUAAUUGUACCGUCUGUCCAGUUUCUUUGUAUGAUACGAGUUGCUUACACGGUGCAUGGCUAACUUCUUAAUUUAGUUUUCUCCUUAGAGACUUUGAGACCCUUAGGAGACAAGAUUAAGAAAGAGCCACGUGGCUUGGCUCUAGAAACGGCAUUAUCAUUAGGACUGUCAGAUUCUAGAUUAAGCUGCUGUUGAAUUAGUAAAAUCCCAAUGAAGCAGAGUUAAAGGGAUAGAUUUAUAGCUGGCAGAGUCGUAGCAGAGGAGACAGUGAAAAAGCCAAUUUCACUGGUUUGCUCGAUCCAGCUUGUUGCUAAUGUUAGUUACCCUUGUUUUAAUGACAGAGUGGCUGCAAUCUGUAGCCAGGGGAGGAGCGACACUGUUAGGUGUGAGGAAAGGAAGUGCCAAAAAUGCCUGGACAGAUGGCCUGUCCCAAGGCCAGGACACACACUUUAAAAUCCAGCAUUCACCUCAGCAGGUGAUUCUCAAAGAUCUUACAGAAACGCAGAGUCAAUCAGGUUUGUAAAGGAAGGCUGUGGGGUGAAGAGGCCUAGGACCUGAAGAGACUCCCACCGAGUCUCAGGAAGCUCAGGGGACCUGUCACCAUCUGGGCACUUCCCAGGCUCAGCACUCAGCCGGAGUUUGCUGGUGGACCUCAGGAUUCCAAGAGUGCGACAGUUGGGGUGCGCUUGCCUGCCGUUCAGGGCAGCCGCGCGCGGGAGCACCGGCUCACCCUCAGGCAUCUUGGACUGGAGGGCCAGCAGAAGGUCAGCAACUUACUCCUAAAACGAUUGUUUCAGAUCAUAUUGAUCUCUUUCCUUUUUCCUUUUGUCCUUUCACUGUAUGACUUGAAUCAGUUUUGAUUCUCUUUGUAAGUGUUUCUUGUUGUCAGGCACCUGCCAUGUCUGUUGCGUUUCCCCGGCAGUGUGUAGGGCUUCAGCUUCCUGGGUUUUCACCCUCCUGCAGGCACUGUGGGGUCCUGAGGGCCAGCGGGUCCAUUUCACCUCUUGCUGCAUGAUGGUCAGUAGCUGAUCUGUUACGGCAUUCACUUCCAGAUUAAUUUUCCGUGUUUGAAGUAUGUGCAUAUGUGCUUUACAGAAUAAAACAUCGGAAUUUA